UGUCUUAUGCAAUGUUUUUGGGAUCUCACAUCUUUUCAUGUACUAUAUAUCAUUUUCAUAAGAGAUUCUGCAACUGAUUUUUUUACUCUUGAUGAUUUUGUAGAUACCAAUUCCUUGACACAAUGGAAGGAGUAUUUGGUAAUUCCACAUCAUUGUGUCUUGGAAAUCAACAUUGUUUGCAAUUGGUUCAAAUGGUUAUGAGAAGUGAUGCAAAGACAGCUUCUAUUACAUUAGGUGUUAUUAGUGUCAUUGUUUGGAUGAUUGCUGAGAUACCUCAAUUAAUCACAAAUUAUAGAGAAAAAUCUUCUCAUGGUUUGUCUGUGACGUUCUUGCUGACGUGGAUAAUCGGUGACUUGUUCAACCUCUUUGGAUGCUUAUUGGAACCUGCAACUCUACCGACUCAGCUAUAUACUGCAGUGUUGUAUACGUUGAUAACACUUACACUUUGUUUACAAGCCACUUACUAUGGACACAUAUAUCCCCGACUUAAGCACAAGAGACAGUUCAAGAUUGACCCACCAAUAGAUGAUGGCGAAAGCAAUAACGGAGUUGAAAAUGGCAAUGCUGCUGAUCAAAGAACAGCCAUUGGUUUGAGUUCACCAAUUCCUUUUCCGGCUCAAAAGAGUCAUGUUGAAACACAAUCAUACUACCAGUCAGCAAGAUAUCUAUCAAAGAGUCAUACUCCGAAAUCAGAAUUAGCCCAAAGAAUGCCAUCUUCUCUUAUUUUGGACCCGAUAGAAGAGCCUUUGCUUGUUCCAUCUGUCUUCACAAAAUCGGCACCAUCUUUAAAGAUAAAGAACACUCUAUGUUUGGUGUCGACGUUAACUUUUCUAGGUGCCUUGAAUCUGCUUCAUUCACCGGAUACAAGAAUUCAUUCAGAUGUUGCAAAACCAAGAAAAGAAUUUGUGAUUUAUGUUGGGAGAAAGCUUUUGCAGGUUAGUGGCCAUAAGUUGUCAGAUCAAGGUGUGGAAGCAUACCAUAGCAUUGGAACUUACCUUGGUUGGGCAAUGGCAGUUAUAUAUAUGGGUGGAAGACUUCCUCAAAUUUGUUUGAAUAUCAGAAGAGGUAACUUUGAGGGUGUGAAUCCUCUAAUGUUUCUCUUUGCUUUAAUUGGGAAUACUACUUAUGUAGCAAGCAUACUUGUAAGCAGCAUGGAUUGGUCAAAACUUGGUCCAAAUCUUCCAUGGCUUGUAGAAUCAGGAGGAUGUUCCAUUCUUGAUUCUUUUAUUUUGAUGCAGUUUCUAUAUUAUCGAUAUCGGACAUCGAAGUCCUUGGAGGGCAAGUUCAAACAUCAAGUUGUUGCUUAGGUGAUGAUGAUUUGAAGAAAAAAGGAUUCUCAGCCAUGCAGUCUCAACCAUGAUGACCAAGUCAUGUCUGUGAGCAUAUGAAGUUGAAAUGAACUCAGAUGAAUGAUAAAGAUGCUGAUAUUUGUCCUUUUGAGAAUAAAGGAAAGGAAAAUGGUCCUUGAUUGAGGACCAUAAAUCUUGUAUCAGUUAAACAAUACCAUUAUGAAUUUCUCUUAAAUUUUAUAGUUAUCUUACCCGAAUGAAUUUUCUUGUCACUGUUAC